AUGGGAAUCAAGCGCUCACGGCAGGACUCUGUGUCGUCUUCAGAAGAUCCCAGCACCCCCUACUCGCGUGAGCAGUCCGUCGACGUCAAGCUUGUCCACCUAGACACCCACUCUGCCAUGUCUGAACAGCCAGCCGUGAUAAAGUGCUCCCUGCCCCCGCACCAGCCGCUUGAGUUUGCCUCGUUUGAGGAGUAUAAUGUCCACCACAAAAAGACGCACAUGAAUAGAUGUUCAGAAUGCCAGAGGAACUUCCCAGAUGAGCACUUUCUGCACUUGCACAUUGGCGAGAACCACGACCCCUUCAACGCUGCCAAGCGCGACGAAGGCGAGAGAACGUAUGCCUGCCUCCUGCCAGACUGCGACCGUCUCUGCAGCACGCCACAGAAGCGUCGCCUGCACUGCAUAGAUAAACACCAGUUCCCUCGCAACUACGACUUCUACAUCGUCAACGAUGGAAUUGAUCGCCGCAGCAGCAUGCUACAGUCUCCUCACAGACGGAGGAGCAGCACACUCAAUUCCAGCAAUGGAACCUCCACCGCACCUGGUAAACGGGGAGGAGAGUCGUCUGCAAACACGGCUGGGGAGGGCAUGGACGUUGUGAAAGAUCAUGACGAGGACCAGCACGAAGAGGGAGACGAGCAGGCAGAUCGCGUCAAGCGCACCCCCGUCAAGCUGCGAGGUCGUGGGGGAUUUGGCCACGCUCGAACACCCAGCCACGGCCAGGUGACACCAGCAACCGUGAGUCAUCCCGACGCAGCUUCACCUUCACAGACGGCGUCCAAGGAUCCCAUGGACAGCCUAGCCUCCAGCAUGUCAGCAUUACAGUUUGUUCCCCACAGCGUACGGGCUGCGCGUGGUAGAGGUAGGGGAAGAGGCGGGUGA